AUGAUAAUAACAGUGCUAGCGAUCCUAGAGAAUUAUAUGAUAAUGAUAAUAACAGUGCUACCGAUCCUAGAGAAUUAUAUGAUAAUGAUAAUAACAGUGCUAGCGAUCCUAGAUAAUUAUAUGAUAAUAACAGUUGUUAGCGAUCCUAAAGAAUUAUAUGAUAAUGAUAAUAACAGUGCUAGCGAUCCUAGAGAAUUAUAUGAUAAUAACAGUGUUAGCGAUCCUAAAGAAUUAAAUGAUAAUGAUAAUAACAGUGCUAGCGAUCCUAGAGAAUUAUAUGAUAAUGAUAAUAACAGUGCUACCGAUCCUAGAGAAUUAUAUGAUAAUGAUAAUAACAGUGCUAGCGAUCCUAGAGAAUUAAAUGAUAAUGAUAAUAACAGUGCUAGCGAUCCUAGAGAAUUAUAUGAUAAUAACAGUGUUAGCGAUCCUAAAGAAUUAAAUGAUAAUGAUAAUAACAGUGUUAGCGAUCCUAAAGAAUUAUAUGAUAAUGAUAAUAACAGUGUUAGCGAUCCUGAAGAAUUAAAUGAUAAUGAUAAUAACAGUGCUACCGAUCCUAGAGAAAUAUAUGAUAAUGAUAAUAACAGUGCUAGCGAUCCUAGAGAAUUAUAUGAUAAUAACAGUGUUAGCGAUCCUAAAGAAUUAAAUGAUAAUGAUAAUAACAGUGCUAGCGAUCCUAGAGAAUUAUAUGAUAAUAACAGUGUUAGCGAUCCUAAAGAAUUAUAUGAUAAUGAUAAUAACAGUGCUAGCGAUCCUAGAGAAUUAUAUGAUAAUAACAGUGUUAGCGAUCCUAAAGAAUUAAAUGAUAAUGAUAAUAACAGUGCUACCGAUCCUAGAGAAUUAUAUGAUAAUGAUAAUAACAGUGCUAGCGAUCCUAGAGAAUUAUAUGAUAAUAACAGUGUUAGCGAUCCUAAAGAAUUAAAUGAUAAUGAAAAUAACAGUGCUAGCGAUCCUAGAGAAUUAUAUGAUAAUAACAGUGUUAGCGAUCCUAAAGAAUUAUAUGAUAAUGAUAAUAACAGUGCUAGCGAUCCUAGAGAAUUAUAUGAUAAUAACAGUGUUAGCGAUCCUAAAGAAUUAAAUGAUAAUGAUAAUAACAGUGCUAGCGAUCCUAGAGAAUUAUAUGAUAAUAACAGUGUUAGCGAUCCUAAAGAAUUAUAUGAUUAUGAUAAUAACAGUGCUACCGAUCCUAGAGAAUUAUAUGAUAAUGAUAAUAACAGUGCUACCGAUCCUAGAGAAUUAUAUGAUAAUGAUAAUAACAAAUUAUAUGAUAAUGAUAAUAACAGUGCUAGCGAUCCUAGAGAAUUAUAUGAUAAUAACAGUGUUAGCGAUCCUAAAGAAUUAAAUGAUAAUGAUAAUAACAGUGCUAGCGAUCCUAGAGAAUUAUAUGAUAAUGAUAAUAACAGUGCUACCGAUCCUAGAGAAUUAUAUGAUAAUAACAGUGUUAGCGAUCCUAAAGAAUUAAAUGAUAAUGAUAAUAACAGUGCUAGCGAUCCUAGAGAAUUAUAUGAUAAUAACAGUGUUAGCGAUCCUAAAGAAUUAUAUGAUUAUGAUAAUAACAGUGUUAGCGAUCCUAAAGAAUUAUAUGAUAAUGAUAAUAACAGUGCUAGCGAUCCUAGAGAAUUAUAUGAUAGUAACAAUGUUAGCGAUCCUAAAGAAUUAUAUGAUAAUGAUAAUAACAGUGCUACCGAUCCUAGAGAAUUAUAUGAUAAUGAUAAUAACAGUGCUAGCGAUCCUAGAGAAUUAUAUGAUAAUAACAGUGUUAGCGAUCCUAAAGAAUUAUAUGAUAAUGAUAAUAACAGUGCUAGCGAUCCUAGAGAAUUAUAUGAUAGUAACAGUGUUAGCGAUCCUAAAGAAUUAUAUGAUAAUGAUAAUAACAGUGCUACCGAUCCUAGAGAAUUAUAUGAUAAUGAUAAUAACAGUGCUAGCGAUCCUAGAGAAUUAUAUGAUAAUAACAGUGUUAGCGAUCCUAAAGAAUUAAAUGAUAAUGAUAAUAACAGUGCUAGCGAUCCUAGAGAAUUAUAUGAUAGUAACAGUGUUAGCGAUCCUAAAGAAUUAUAUGAUAAUGAUAAUAACAGUGCUAGCGAUCCUAGAGAAUUAUAUGAUAGUAACAAUGUUAGCGAUCCUAAAGAAUUAUAUGAUAAUGAUAAUAACAGUGCUACCGAUCCUAGAGAAUUAUAUGAUAAUGAUAAUAACAGUGCUAGCGAUCCUAGAGAAUUAUAUGAUAAUAACAGUGUUAGCGAUCCUAAAGAAUUAAAUGAUAAUGAAAAUAACAGUGCUAGCGAUCCUAGAGAAUUAUAUGAUAAUAACAGUGUUAGCGAUCCUAAAGAAUUAUAUGAUAAUGAUAAUAACAGUGCUAGCGAUCCUAGAGAAUUAUAUGAUAAUAACAGUGUUAGCGAUCCUAAAGAAUUAAAUGAUAAUGAUAAUAACAGUGCUAGCGAUCCUAGAGAAUUAUAUGAUAAUAAAAAAUUAUAUGAUAAUAACAGUGCUAGCGAUCCUAGAGAAUUAUAUGAUAAUAACAGUGCUAGCGAUCCUAGAGAAUUAUAUGAUAAUAACAGUGUUAGCGAUCCUAAAGAAUUAUAUGAUAAUGAUAAUAACAGUGCUAGCGAUCCUAGAGAAUUAUAUGAUAAUAACAGUGUUAGCGAUCCUAAAGAAUUAAAUGAUAAUGAUAAUAACAGUGCUAGCGAUCCUAGAGAAUUAUAUGAUAAUAACAGUGUUAGCGAUCCUAAAGAAUUAUAUGAUAAUGAUAAUAACAGUGCUAGCGAUCCUAGAGAAUUAUAUGAUAAUAACAGUGUUAGCGAUCCUAGAAAAUUGCGACAUUUAUCCUGCGAACUUGUCGCCCGAUACGACUUCUACGUGUCGGACGAAGUCGCGUGGGACAUCGCAUGCGAUAUCGUCGACGCUCGGAUACGGACCGUAUGCAACUUUUUAUCUCUUGACAGACACCCGACGGCAUUUGGGAUCUUAUUCAAUUUCCAUUUAUCACCAAAACUGACAGAUUGCAGACUUAUUCAGCACAGAAGUCCAAACAAGUGCCUUUUUAUACAAGAGCCAAAGCCAGAGCAACUAUCCAUAGGUCGCUGGUUCAUAUCCGGCUCGAAGGACCAAAAAGAGAUGUAUGGUCUGUUGAUGACCAUAUGGGCUCUUUUGAAUGUUGAAGAUGAGUGA